AUGAUGCUCUCGGACAUCCUUGGCGACUCUGGCCGCGCCGCCCCCCGCAAGGCGCCCGUGCACCUCGACAUCGAUGCCCCGUACCCGUCCUGGUCGACGCCGUCGCCGUCGUCCUCUGUUAUCUCUACCGGCACGACCGAAGACUCGAGUUCCGGCGAUGAAUUCGUGCACCAGCGCCGUUUUGCACCCACGACGGCCGCCAAGGCAGCGACGAAGAAGACCAAGACGCGCACCAAGGCCGACGAGCAGUCCAACAAGGAAUUCCGCCGCGAGUACAAGAAGGAGUGGUACGAGAAGAACCGCGAGAAGGCGCUCGCCAAGAUGAAAGAAUACUACGAGCGCCGAAAGCAAGCCGGCACGCUCCAUCGCCGCUCCAACAAGAAGAAGCCGCGCCGAGCGUCGAACGAGCCGAUGACGAUGUCGCCGAACGCGCACUGCGUGCCCGUGAUGCCACGCCAGUCGACGAUGCCAGCUCUAUUUAUCCACGAAGAUCCCCGGACGACACAGUACUCGUCGCCACCCGUCUCGGCGCUCCGCCCGCCGUCGCGGUUCGGCGUGUAUGACCACGCGCCGCAGUUCACGCCCAUGCCCCACCACCACUACCACCAGCACCACCACGACACUCGUGCGUUCGAGUAUACGCCUUACCACCCCCAGCAGCCCCAGGCGCUCCACCACCACCACCACCAUCCUAUGCACCAACAGCAUCAACACCAGCAGCAACAUCAACAACAACAACCUCCGCAGUCCGACAGUCACUUGAACCUGUUAUGCCACGUCGCGCUCAUGGACUAG